GUAGAUUUGUGCAAUAUUCCUGACUAAGUCAGCUUCCAUUCUCAUUCUAAGACUAGUUGACAACCCCUAUUUUAUGCGAAGUAAGUUCGCAAGAAAAAUCACGGGAACUUUGAAAGGCGUGCUUUGAAGCAACAAUGCCGAUGUAAGAAACAUUCCUCCGUUUUCUGGUAGAAUGAAUGAUAAGUAAUUGAGUAAUAGGAUAAAAAAUCCCUCGAUAAAAUAUCCGAGUUUCAACCCACCUGUUCUCGACAACCGAACAUGGCCCUCGAAACGCAUUACUAAAGCCCCACGCUGGCUAGCAACUGAUUUGAGAGACGGAAAUCAGAGCUUGGAGUAUCCAAUGGUCAGUCUCUGAUCUUAGACUCAUUCUGUAUCGUCGUUGGCAGCAACAGUAUCUAACCGACCCAAAAUCAGACAGUGGAACAAAAAUGGAAAUACUUCCAAAUGCUCGUCCGCAUUGGCUACAAGGAAAUUGACAUAGCUUUUCCAAGUGCAUCUCAAACCGAAUUUGACUUUUGCCGCCGCCUCGUUGAAACACCUUUUGCCGUGCCUUCUGACGUCUGGCUGCAAGUACUUUCACCGUGUCGUAAAGAGCUCAUUCGUCGAACUGUUGACAGCGUCACCGGCUGCAAACAAGCUAUUCUCAGUUUGUACAUAGCGACCAGUAUAUCCUUUGUCACCACGAUGUUUAAUUCUACGCAGGCUGAAGUUUUGGAGAAGGCAGUGGACUGUGUAAGGUAUGCGAGGUCGAUCACAAAAGAUGAUCCGAAGCAGCAAGGAACGACAUGGAGUUUAGUCUUCAGUCCUGAGGCAUUUACGGAUACGGAUGUUAAAUACAGCAUUGAGAUAUGUGAGGCGGUCAAGGAAGCAUGGGGCCCAACUGUUGAUAACAAGAUUAUCUUCAACCUUCCCGGAACAGUGGAGAUGGGUAGUCCAAAUACCUAUGCUGAUCAAGUCGAAAUCUUCGCUUCUUCGAUCACCCGACCAGAGCUCUCUUGUAUAUCUCUUCACCCGCACAAUGAUCGAGGAUGUGCAGUAGCAGCUUCGGAACUUGGACAACUAGCGGGCGCUGAGCGGGUAGAGGGCUGCCUCUUCGGCAACGGGGAGAGAACCGGCAAUGUCGAUCUGGUAACCCUGGCUCUCAAUCUCUACGUUCAAGGAAUUGACCCUCGGGUUGACUUUUCAGACAUGAAGACCAUCAAAGAAGUAUUCCAAAAAUGCACCUUGAUUCCCAUCCAUACACGUGCUCCCUAUAGUGGGGACUCGGCAUUCAAAGCUUACAGUGGCUCGCAUCAAGAUGCAAUCAACAAGUCGUUCAAAUCAAUGAACCGCAACGGCCUGUGGAAGGUACCUUAUCUCCCACUCGAUCCUCAAGACAUAGGUUGCAAUUACAAAGCGGUGAUCCAGGUGAAUUCACAGAGUGGAAAAGGCGGAGUUGCAUGGACCCUCCGACAAGCGCUCAAGCUGGAGCUCCCACGAGGAUUACAAAUCGACUUCUCUAAGAUCGUCAAGUCGGUUUCUGUGGCCCAAGGUGGAAUCCUCCCACCCGAUCAAGUUGCAAAUUUGUUUCUGAAAACAUAUCAUUUGUUCUCCCCAGAUCCAAAUAUCAAGUCUGUGCAAACUGCCAAUGAGGGUGAACUGCGGAUCUUUGAAGCCACUGUACUCAUACGAGGCCAACGACGCAAUUUGAAGGGACGAGGUAAGACAAUUACGGACGCAGUCAUUGAUACGCUUUCUAUUAUGAAUCAAAACGUUGCUUUUACAAGUACGGUCACCAGCCUGGAAUAUCAGAAUACGCUUCAAAAGGUAGUAUUUGUUUCAGUCGAAGAUAUUGACAGUGAGACCACUUCUUGGGGAGCCAGUGUGGUCUGCUUGGGGGACGAGGAGUUAGCUAAGUUGAAAGCCAUGCUUUCUUCUGCAACUGUAAUUAUCAUCCCUUGUCAGGAAAGGAAUCCAUUCGAAUUCUGACUAAUAGAUUAUGGCAGACUUUGCUUGCAACUAUUAGCGGAGUUCCUGAAACGCUUCGAAAUACCAAUGAAAAAGAUAGUUGGAUACUCAAUAAGCCCGACUUGGCCGCAGCUUUGGCCGCUUAGAUCAUAC